AUGUGCGUCGGCUAUGUCUACCAAAGGGACGUGAUGCUACCCUUUCAGACAGUACGCGAAACGGUUACUUUUCAUGCAAAGUUGAAAAAUGUAGUGCAACUACAUCAAGCAGGUGGGACUGGAUUUACGGGUAGUAAUAAAGUGCAGAAUACAUCAGGGGAGGCAGUUGAGAAGAAUGCCAGUGGUACUGCACCAAAUAAAGCUCCUGACAACCACCUGCAUCGUCUCGUUUCCGACACUUUGGCCUUACUCCACAUCGACCACAUUGCUGACCUCUACGUCGGUGAUUCUGGUAGCAAGACCAUCUCAGGCGGAGAGCGAAAGCGCGUUGCCAUUGCCUGUGAAUUAGUUGCCAGACCCAGGAUCUUGUUCCUGGAUGAACCGACCAGUGGCUUAGAUUCCUUAUCGAGCUUACGAUUGAUGGUCAACUUGAGACGCAUCGCCAGGGAAGAACGAAGCAUAAUGAUAUGCACGAUUCAUCAGCCUGAACCAUUGUUGUGGGAACAGUUUGAUCGGGUUCUUUGUAUGCGUUCCGGCAGAAUUUUGUUUCAUGGAUGGUCCCACGCUCAACAUGGGGAUCUUUUUAGUGGGAUGGACGGGUCGCAAGUAGGAAUGCAAAUGGACACAAGUAGUAGGAGUGAACAAAUGCAAGACGCUGUACUUGAGGGACGAAUCGAAGCGGCUUCGACAUCACCAUCUUCAAAUUUGCGAUAUAUUAGCCAUUUUCUGAAGCAUAUUGACCGCCCAUUACCUCCAGCUCACGGAUGCUCGGACUGGCUCAUAUACCUUGCACAGACGGUAUCAGAAUCGGAGGCACGGGCAAUCGAGCGGGAAACGAAGAAAGUCUUUGAUUCGGCACACGGUGCUGAUUUUAACGGAGAAAGUACGGCUGGGAGAGGCGCAGGAAAUAGCACAAAGACUGAGACUGGUGGUGACACGGAGAUGAAAAGUACAGGAAGUAAUCCUGGUGUAGAGAAAGGUGAACUACAGCCCCUGCUUGAGGAUUCCGAUAAGCCUGCUGCUGAGCACCAAGACCGUGACGCUGAUCAAGAUCCUAGCCAACCUGCAACACUUCAUCCUUCUUCUUCAGACAGGAUGCUGGAGGAAUCCAAAAAAAAGCCCUUACCUCCGUUUUUCUCGGUUCAAAUUCCCGUGCUUUUCCGAAGACACGCGUUGGAAGACUUGAGACAAGUCGUCCCCUUUUCUAUGCGACUCCUGACUCCCGCUCUCCAGGUGUUGCUCAUGGGCAUCGCGUUUUGGCAAAUCGGGACAGAAUUUUAUGCAGAGCCAGGCAUGAUUAAUGGCACACCACUGCUGGAGAAGCAGAAUUUCCUAGAGGGAUUCCGCAAUCUCUCUGGUGCGACCUUGAAUAUGUACACGGUGUUGAUGUUUACGAAUGCAGGGCUGCAAACGACGAGUUUGAUGCGUGAACGGAAAGUAUUUUUGCGAGAAUACAGUGGUGGUAUGUAUUCAGUACCCGCUUACCUCUUGGCCAAAAUGUUGUUUGAGUUGUGCGUCACGCCAGUGCAAGUUGGGUUAGUAUAUGGCAUCGCCCAUGGCAUGCUGGGACUCUUCCCGUCUGGACCGUCUAAUGCAACUCAGCCCUUUUUAAUAAUGUUCAAUUUGCUACUGACGGGAUUAGCAGGGGGAUCGUUG